AAAAAAACUUGGAUUUGGGCUAUUUUUUCUGUACCUCCGUGUUGACCCAAGAGUAAGACAGAGAUUUUUCUCUGUUAUUUUAUUUCAUUUUCCCCGAAGAAGUACUGAUCCAUGUGUAAGUGAUUAAGGUUAACACGCUGAGAUGAGAUGAGAGAGAGAUUAAUGUUUCAAAAGUCGUUUUUUAGAACUUAGAAUCCAUAAAAAGGAAAAUCAGACAGCAAUUUUUUACUAAACCAGAGACGCUUAUGAUUUGCGCAUAGAAAAAGGAGGUGUGGCUUCUCUCUCUCUCUCUCGUUCUCAGUCUCUCUCCAUUUAUAUUUACUAGAAGCAGAUCUUUGCCCAUGUAAAAGAGCUCAGGAGGAAGAAACCCAAGUACCCAACCCUUCGCCCCUUUGGUGCCCUGGGAGAUGGAGUAAUCCAGCAAAGACUUCACCACUGACCAUUGUCCUUUCUCCACUCCCCUGAACCCAAAAUCAAUCUUUAUUUUUCCCACUUCCCCCUCCCUCUUUCUUACUGAUAAGAAUGGUAGGAAAUAGAUACGCAAAAUAUUAGGUUAUUCUUCCGGUGAACCCCAUCUCUUCCUGAGAAGAAGAAGAAGAAAGGAAAGAGAGAACGCAACCGAAAUCAUUUAUUAUAUCUGGAUUCAUAACCAUUUUUUUUGCAUUUUCUGGAAUUUUAUCUGCAACAAUUAAGUAGGAAAUGAGGAAGCAUGGAUGGCAGCUUCCCUACCAUCCUCUUCAGGUGGUUGCUGUGGCUGUAUUUCUAGCAUUGGGUUUUGCUUUUUAUGUCUUCUUCGUGCCUUUCGUUGGAGGGAAGGUGUUUCAGUACGUUGUAAUGGGGCUUUACACUCCUCUCAUUACAUGUGUAUUCAGCCUCUACAUCUGGUGUGCGGCAGCAGAUCCUGCAGAUCCAGGAGUGUUCAAGUCCAAGAAGUAUGUUAAUACUUCAACUGAUGAAAAGUAUCCUCAGCCCAAGGGAUCUAAACUAGGAGGCGGUUCAAGUUCCUCAAAGCAAGAUGCAAAUGCAUCAUUGGUUGGAGAUAAGACCAUAGAUUCAGCAAUGGGUUCUGCCAUUGGGGAGGAUCCCUCAAGUGAAACUGAAAAGAAGAAUACAUCUUCUCACAGUCAAUCUUGUUGUAUGUAUUUGUUGGGGUUUUGUUCAUCUGCAUUUACAUGCAACUGCUCAAGUCCAUCUGAACAAUCCUCUGAGCUGCAAACAAGUGAGGAUGGCUUGUUCUAUUGCAGCCUGUGUGAGGUGGAGGUUUGCAAGUACAGCAAGCACUGCAGGGUUUGUGACAAGUGUGUUGACCGCUUUGAUCAUCAUUGCAGGUGGCUCAACAACUGUAUAGGCCGAAGGAACUACCAACAGUUUUUCACCUUGAUGGUUUCUGCCCUUUUAUUGCUUAUUCUACAAUGGUCGAUAGGCAUCCUUGUGAUCAUUUGCUGUUUUCUUGAGCGGAAGCAAUUUGCCGUGGAGAUCACCUCCAAGUUGGGGAGCAGUUUCUCUUUGGUGCCCUUUGUCGUGGUGGUGGCUUCGUGCACCAUUUUGGCCAUGAUUGCAACCCUUCCUCUUGCUCAGCUUUUCUUCUUUCAUGUUCUUCUCAUUAAAAAGGGAAUCAGCACAUAUGAUUACAUUAUUGCUUUGAGAGAGCAGGAGCAGCAAGGUGUGGGAGGUCAGCAGAGCCCGCAGAUGUCUCCUGCUAGCUCUCUUACUGGGUUAAGUAGUGCAAGCUCCUUCAACACUUUCCACCGAGGUGCAUGGUGUACUCCUCCAAGAUUGUUUCUUGAAGAUCAGUUUGAUGUGGUUCCUCCAGACACUGGAAUGCCUAUUAGCUCAUCUGGGAAGAGGAUGGUGGGAGAGGAACAUGUCAGAAGAAAGAAUCCUGGAGCUGUGAAGAUCAGUCCAUGGAUGUUGGCACGUAUGAAUGCCGAAGAAGUCUCAAGAAUCGCACUUCAGGCAAGGAAGAAAUCCAGAAUCCUUCAGCCUGUGGUAAGGCAGGAAGUACCAUUUGGGCUAGAAAGAGACAGCAGCUUUGGAAGCAACAGUGGUAGGAUGCUCCCAAGGCCAGAAAAUCGGAGGCGAGCUAACAAGCGGGUCCGAGUUCCAGCAGAUCUUCCGCUUGAGUCCCUGGCAAAAAUAUCAUCCAAGGCUGCUGAUAGUAAUGACAGUGAUCUAGUAGCAGGAACAUCAACCAGUUUAGCUCCUCUGCAACUUGAAGCACGCAGUGCUUUCCGUACAAGCCGAGCGAUGUCAGCCCUAACUGGGAUGGUUGCUUCUUCUCCUGAGAGUAGUCUAGCCUCACCUGAUCUCCAUCCAUUCCAUGUCUCGUCAGGAGCAGAAGAUAACAGAGGGCUAAUGGCUCUUUCUGCCGCUGGUAGUGCUCAGAACGGAUUACCACUCUCAAGGUCUACGAGUGAUGGCUAUGAGGCAUCUGGAGGUGAAGAUAGUGACCGGGUUCCUCCCCGAAUGAUGCACAGGUCAACAAAUUGGAAUAACCUCCUCUUUAGCUCUGGUCACGAAGAUAGGACACUUAAAUCCAAGGCAUCAUCUUCAUCGAGCCAAACUAACCAUAUGAAGCUUUGACUGACUAGAAUUAAGAGUUUGGACCUUUUUAUGGUCUCCCUAAGAUUAAGGUGAAAAGCUUGAUAUUCUUUUAUUUGUGAUCCACGGCUUUAAAAUCAGGCUUGUGGGCCCUUUUAGCCCUUGGUUCUUGCCCCUCUGUUGUUGGGGUUGACAUCCACUCUGAGAAGACAUGAGAGGGACUGAAUGAGAGUGGAGUUUGGUUGAGUUAAAGCAUGUCUUGUACUGCCUGAAUUUCAUUGCAAUUUCUUGUUCUUGGUUCAUUCCACCAAGACAAGACCGGAAGGCAACAUUUGUAAUGUAUUCUUCCAACCUUGUGUUGAUUUCUGUUCAAAAUGGAAUUUACCCAUACAGUGGUUAACCUGUAAUUUUGUGUCUGAGUGAGGCUGCUGUAAAGUUAUAUUUGCCCUGACACCUUGUUCCAUUACUUAAUAUUUCAUGAUUA